AUGGCGAGCGGGCCGCGGAGCUCCUGGAGCGAGUGGCCCGUGGAUCACUUCCUGCGCACCGGGCACAUCGGGGCCAGGGACGGCGCCGCCGUGCGCUGGUUCCACGCCGCCAACAGCCGGGCCCGGGCGGCGCAGGCCGCGCGGAGUGAUGUGCACAUGGUGGAGGUGGAUGUUCUCCUCCGGGGAGGGCACGGGGACCCCAUCCUGGCUCACCCCCCGGACACUGACAGCGACAUCACCCUGCAGGAGUGGCUGGCACAGAUGGGCAGCACCGAGAAAGGCAUCAAGCUGGAUUUUAAGAGCCUGGCCGCCGUGGGACCCUCUCUGGAGCUUCUGGGGCAGGUGGGGCAGCACCUGGCCAGGCCCGUGUGGCUGAACGGGGACAUCCUGCCUGGGCCCCGCGGGAGCGGCGCGCCGCUGGACGCCCGCGCCUUCCUGGGCGCCGUCACCUCGUCCUGCCCCGAUGCCACCCUGUCCCUGGGCUGGACCACAGGCUGCCACCGAGGGCAAGGCUACCAGUGGCCCAUGGUGCAGGAGAUGUCCCAGCUGUGCCACCCCCUGUCCCAGCCUGUGACCUUCGCCGUCAGAGCGGCGCUGCUGCCCGGUUCCAUCCCCCAGCUCCAGUGGCUUCUCCAGCAGUCCCACAGAUACAGCCUCACUGUUUGGGCAGGAAAGGAAGAUGAGUAUUCUGUAGAAGACUUGCUUCUCAUCCGAGACAACUUUGAUAAAAGUAGGGUUUAUUAUGACAUUUUUGAGCCACAAAAUUCUGAGUUCAAAAAAGCCAUUGGAAUAGAAUGCUAA